GUGACUAGGUUAUCAGAUGGUUAUUUGAGUCAGCCAAUUCAACCGGCAGUUGCAUUGAAAAUAGAUAAGUCUGGAUCAAAGAUAUUGAGAUAACUUCAGUCAGCAGAGGUUUCCCAUUUAGCUCUCUUUGUGUCUGCAUUUUGUACAGGUUUUGAAAAGCAAAUACGCGUAAGGUUGGUGGAUAAUGGAAGUGUCCCCCAGAAAGAGCAGCCUGUGGCCCUGGGAAGCCGUAGGGUGCGGGUGGUCUUGUGCAGGCACCCCUUCCCCAUGCUGUGGAGCUGGGCUGGCUGCUCUGCCGUCCCUGUUAAGCUCUUGUGUCCAGCACUUCAGUGAGGCAAGUGUGGGUGGACUGAGGAUGUUGGCAAAAUCAGCUGAGGAUUUCACGCAGAGAGUUACUGACCAUCCAGAUUAGUAUCUGCAAUGGAAAAUGAAGCUGCGAUGAAAGAAGCUAGCCAUGAAAGGUCACAGGAAUUUGUACUGCCUAUCUCCACAAAUACUAACAAGUAAGCAGUAUAUAAUACCGUAGGAUGGAGGUGGACUUGGUUUCUGUUAAUGGUGCUUGUCACACAGGUGAGGAACACUCAGAUAAUUCCAGGCAAACCUCUGAGAAGGUGGGCCGCAAAGCCAGCCUCCAGCUGGAGGUGGAGGAAGAUUACUCACCACCUUCUAGUCCUGGGUGCAUCCUUGCUGGGCCUUCCGUCCAACAGGAAGUCCUUGUAGAACUGCAGUGUGAAGAAGAGGAGACCUUUGAAACUUAUUACCAGAAACGUAACUCAACCACCCCUGGGGUUUUUGUCACCUCCAGUACCAACUUUGACCUGCAGUGUGAAGAUGAAGAUAUAGAGCGCUGUUCCUCUGAACACUCUGAGGAACCUCAAGGAGGGAUGAGCGAGGAUGAUGAAAGCAUCAUUCUUAUUGAUUCUUUUGAGGAGGAGGAGGAGGAGGAGGAGGAGGAGGACUUGGAGCCCAUCUCUGGAAGUACUUUGACUUACAGGAGCAAGAAAUGUGAUGCCUCUUUCCAGGGUGUGAGUGAGUUGCAAGAACACAAGCAAAUCCAUCUUGUGGAAAACUCAUGUCAGUGCCCUGUCUGUGGCAAAGGGUUCUUUCGUGCUGCAAACUUGCGAAUGCACAUGCUCAUUCAUUCCAGUGACAGACCAUACAAAUGUCCAGAAUGUGAUAAGGGUUUCAUCCGCACAGCUGAUGUCUGGAGGCACCUACGCAACGUACACAAGAUAGAACGUUCAAAGAUUUUAGGAAAUGGCAUGGCUAGGAACCUGUGGUCUCCAGUACACAGGAACCAGAAUGGUGGGAGAGAUCUUUAUCAGCACUGUUCUGGUGACCAGGUGCCUGGAGAAGAGUGUAAACCAUACAUCUGUCCAACAUGUGGCAAGGGUUUCCAUAAGCCUAACCUGCUUUCCAAACAUAAGGUGAUCCACCGGCAAGAUAAGCCUUAUGAAUGUCACGAAUGUGGGAAGUCUUUUGUGCAGCUGCUCAGGUUGAAAAGACACCAGCAGACUCACUCUGGGGAGCGCCCCUUCUAUUGUGAGGAGUGUGGAGGGACAUUCACCCGUCUGGCAUCACUCCAGCGCCAUCAGCGGAUCCACACUGGAGAGAAGCCCUAUUCUUGUGCUUACUGUGCUCAGGAUUUCACUGAGUCAGGUUCCUUGAGGAGACAUGAGCGCACACACAAAAUGAAAACUCUGUAGUUUCCAGAACUCUGCGUGCUGGUGGCUAUGUUGUUUCCUUUUGACUCAGUUUCUACACUCUGCUUUGCCCCUCUGUUUAUAAGCAGAAUUUUUUGAAAAAGGUCUAUCCCCAGUCACUGUCUGCAAGGAGAGCCAGUGUAACUCAGGCUAGAUGACAUUAUUCGUGAGGAACUCUUUGAUCACUAUGGAGAAGAUCAGUAUUGCUGGUGGUACUCCAUUUCUUGGCAGCUUCAAGAGGAAAUGCUUCUACUGCUGUUGUAUCAGGCUGAAGUCAAGAGAUGCACAGUUGUUGGGCAUUAUCGGGACUAAUUGGGCUCAUCUGGGGCAUCUAAGCAUGUAAGAUUCACAUGUUGCAUUAGAGCUCUUGUGCACAUGUGAUCUCUAAGUUAUCAUACUACUUUCUAGGCUAUGACCAUCAUCUGAUGCUGGUUUUGCAGAACUGUCCUGAUAGGCUGCCCAACCCACGUGAUCAGAACAAGUUGUAUUAGUUGUAACAAUCCAUGAUUUGGAUUUUUUUUUUAAUGGCCAUUUAUCAUCUGCACCCCAUGCAAAUGUGCUUACCUGUGGAGGUAUUGGUCUCUCAUGUGCUUAUGUAUUACUGGAGUUUUCCUUCUGAUUAUUCAUGAAUGAAGAGAGGGUUGCGUGCUUGGCUUGCAGUAAUAUAUGUGGAAGGAGUAUGUGGUUCUGUGUGUGAGUCAAGGCAGAAGAAAGUCUUCAGCCUAGCCAUCUACUGCAUUACUGUAAGAGAUAUCUAAGAAUUUUAAAUUCAGAAAAAAUGAUAAUAAAAACAAUGAAAAUCU